GGUACGUGUGUGGUAGAUAUAUCAAGCCGUGCGGCUGUUAAGAUGCCAGUUCCAAGUCGUGCUCGAGUGUAUGCCGACAUCAAUCAACAAAAACCGCGUGAAUAUUGGGAUUACGAGUGCCAUAUAAUUGAAUGGGGUAAUAUCGAAGAUUACCAGCUGAUUCGUAAACUUGGUCGUGGCAAAUAUAGUGAGGUGUUUGAAGGCGUCAAAGCACCGUCCAAUCAGAAAUGUGUUAUUAAGAUUCUAAAACCAGUGAAGAAGAAGAAAAUCAAACGUGAAAUAAAAAUUCUUGAAAACUUGCGUGGAGGCACGAAUAUAAUUUCGUUAUUGGAUGUUGUUAAAGACCCCAUCUCAAGGACUCCUGCCCUUAUAUUCGAAUACGUCAACAAUACGGAUUUUAAGGCAUUUUCUCAUAUCAUAUUUUCUUAUGUCAAGUCAUCAUCUUCGUUCACUUUUGAAAAAGCUUUCUAUGAUCGAAAUGAUUUUUUAUUCGAUUUGAAAGGAUAUUUUCAGCAGUUGUAUCAAACGCUAACAGAUUAUGAUAUUCGAUAUUAUCUCUAUGAAUUGCUCAAAGCACUCGAUUUUUGUCAUUCACAAGGCAUUAUGCAUCGCGAUGUUAAGCCACACAAUGUUAUGAUUGAUCAUGAACAAAGAACGUUGCGUUUAAUUGAUUGGGGACUGGCCGAGUUCUAUCAUCCUCGUCAAGAAUACAACGUUCGUGUUGCAUCACGUUACUUCAAAGGACCAGAGCUUCUCGUAGAUUACCAAUGCUACGAUUAUUCGCUGGAUAUGUGGAGUUUAGGCUGUAUGUUGGCCAGCAUGAUAUUCAGAAAGGAGCCGUUCUUUCAUGGGCAUGACAAUUAUGAUCAGUUAGUUCGUAUAGCGAAGGUGUUGGGCACUGAAGAACUUUUUGAGUAUAUCGACAAAUAUCAAAUUGAACUCGACCCACGAUUCAACGACAUUCUGGGACGUCAUUCGAAGAAGCGCUGGGAACGUUUCGUGCAUAGUGAGAAUCAGCAUCUGGUGACUCCUGAGGCAAUUGACUUCUUGGAUAAAUUGCUGAGAUACGAUCACCAAGAAAGAUUAACGGCCAAGGAGGCGAUGCAGCAUCCGUACUUUUAUCCUGUUGUUGAGAAUGAACAAAGAAUGAAACAAGAACAGCUCUGUCAACCGACAAUCAAUGGAUCUUCAAAUGCAGUAAGCACAAGUGCACCACUUGGUACACCUUUACUCAACACCACUAGCAAUGUCGUCGCCACAGGAGCGAGUCAGUCGGCGCAAUCCUAA